AUGUUCAACAAUCUCCCUUCCAUUGCGCUUCUAGCGCUUCCGGCUCUUCUACUUUACCUCUACUCGGCUGUUUACUACCGCCGCUUCAAGCAGUUUGCGAACUACCCGCAAAUGAAACCAUCGUUAAUAUGGGGCCAUCUGAAGAUUACCAAUGAGUUCCAUCAGCGACGCGACGAGAAAGGAUGUCAAAUCGAUCACGCUCUUGGAGAUAUGUGUGAGACAAUGGGAAACCCCCCUGUCAUGCUCUACGACCUCCGCCCCAUCAGCCGACCAAUGCUUCUCAUUCGUAGCCACUAUGUGGCCGAGCAGGUCUCAAGACAGUCCAAAAUGUGGCCGUAUAGUACGCCGAAGUCUGAUACUAUGGCAUACCUCUGGCCCCUAGUUGGAAAAAAGUCAAUUGUGUUGACAAAUGGUCCUGGUUGGAAAGACAUGAGAAAACACUUCAACCCCGGGUUUGCUCCACAGCACUUGAUGAGCCUGAUGCCCGUGAUUCUGGAAAAUACUCAGACGUUUGUUUCUAAGCUUGACAGGCUUGCAAUGACAGGCGAAGUCUUUGAACUGGAGCCGCUUUGUACCAACCUCACCUUUGAUAUUAUAGGUGCCGUGACCAUGGACGUUGAACUAGGCGCCCAGCUCCCAGAAGAGCAGCAAGGGGACUUCAUCAAGAGCUACAAAGAGUUCCUUCUAUCUUACAGAGAGAAGGGCGGCAUGCUCAAGUGGUGCGAGAACCUAUUCUCAGACAGACGGCGCAAGGCUCUCGCUGAGAAGGUGGACGUUUUCCUCACAGAGGUCAUUCGAAGCAAGUUCGACGAUAUGAAGAGAAACAAGGGAUUAUCUAGUCGGAGCAUCUUGGCGUUGAGCCUCAGCGACACUGACGUUCUGACCGAGGAGAUCAUUGACGGCACGAAAGACCAGCUCAAGACUUUCAUGUUCGCAGGCCAUGACACCACCAGUAUCCUUCUGCAAUGGGCGAUAUAUGAGCUGUCCCGGACCCCGCGAGCCAUGAAGACACUUCGUGCGGAGCUGCAAGGUCUCUUCGGUCCAGAUCUCAGCCCCGAAGCUAUCCGCAAGGCCUUGUCACUGAAGGGAGAUGAGGUUACGCAGAGGAUGACGUACACGUCUGCCGUUAUCAAAGAGACUCUGCGUCUCUACCCUCCUGCUGGGUCAGCACGCUUGUGCCCUCCAGGAUCAAAUUCCCACAUCCAGCUUCGAGAUGGCAGCAGCCUCUGUGCAGAUGGAAUGAUACUGUACAACUGCGCAACCCUGAUCCAGCGUGAUGUUGAGGUCUACGGGAGCACCAAGGACGACUUCGUGCCAGAGAGGUGGCUCGGGAACACCGAUACGUCCAUGGCAACGAACGACGACGAAAAGGCUGGCAUCGGAAAAGCCGGUGAGAGUGAGAUUCCGGCGGCAGCCUGGCGACCCUUUGAGAGGGGUCCGAGGAACUGCAUUGGGCAGGAGUUGGCGAAUAUUGAGGCCAGAGUGAUUCUGGCAUGCGUUGUUGGCGGGUAUGAUUUUGAGAAGGUCGGUUUGGGUGAGGCGACGCUUGGUGUCGACGGGAAGCCAAUCAUCAAUGAGAAGGGCCAGCACAGGUCCAACACCCAGCUCUACAAUUAA